AUGGCGUUUGAGAUGGGUGGGUUAAAUUCCACGCUGGAAGUGUGGCAUUGUUACUUCCAUUUCCCCAAGGGCAAAAGCAAAGAGUACAGCCAGCUUCGCAACUAUACAACGGCAAAGUACGGGGCAAUCACCACGGCGCUUCUCGUUUUGAUCAUCUUGUCCAUCCCCGCGUAUCAGUAUUUCGUCAUCCACCAUUACAGACUCAAGUUCCACUAUCUUCGAAGGUUUUACUCCACAUUGAACCACUACAUUUCACAUGAACACCAUCCAAAUUGCAGAACGGCAACAUGGACAGACCGGUUGGUUACUCGGGUAGCCACAAUGACAAAAGCCUUGGCUUUUUACAUAUUGCUACAUUUCCAAACCAUCGCGCAGUUGGUAUUCUGGACGUGUUUCCUUUCUUUGCUAAGUCUUGUUGACAUCUACCACGGGGAUCUCAUUUUUCUAGCCAAGCGACUAGGUAGAAUUGCUGCCAACUGUUUACCAACUGUGCUAUUUCUCACGCUUCGACCAUCGCCAUUGCCUAAUAUUUUGUAUUUGACUUUGAUCCCCAUCCACAAGUGGUUGAGUCGUUUAAUCAUUUUACAAAGUGUGAUUCACACAAUUAUUUAUCUUGCAUUCUUCAAUUAUAACCAUACCUGGGAAAAGGCUUGGAAAACGGAAAAUUUGUACGGAUGGAUGGCCCUCGCUGGAUUUCUCAUCAUUAUCGUAACCUCGCUAUCGACGUUCCGAAGGAGGUGGUACAAGGUUUUCUAUUUUAUGCAUUACGCGUGGACGUGGAUCAUUGUGGCGUGUUUGCAGGUACACGUUAGACCCGAGCCGUACUCGCUAUACACAACUGCCAACGUUUCCAUUCUUUUAGGCCAGGUCAUUUAUAGAGUCCAUCUAACAACGGUUUCAACAAGAGGCGAGGUUAAAGUCAUUGACGUUUCCCCGAAUUUAUCGCUUGUUGAAUUCCCUUCUUCACUAAUUGCCAAACCGGCUACAGCACCAGGUGCACACAUCCGUUUGACCAAUUACAGCUCAACUUGGAUAGUUCGAGCUUUUAAACAAAUCAUACCAAACUAUCACCCCUACACUUUGGUCUCGUUGCCCCAGGACAGGCUCCAGCGAUUGGUUAUCAGAAAAAGCAACUUUAAACUAGACGACGGUCACAGGUAUCUCAUAACAGGCAGCUAUGACCCUCAUUUAUUAUUUGUUCAUUUCAAACGGGGUAAUAAAAAAUUGGCAAACCCCAAAUGGUCCUUGUCCAAAUUACAUAUUGAUGCCAAGCGUCUUUUGAUUGUCGUUGGCGGCUCAGCUAUAUCGUUUGCUCUCCCAAUAUUGAGGGUUAUGAACUAUCACGGGAUUCCCACUAAAGUAGUUUGGGUCAUCAAGGACUUUCGCGACAUUCUCAUUUUAAAGUAUUUUGAAGGCGUCAUCCACGGCGACGACUUUGAGAUUUUCGUCACGGGAAGUGACAGGAUUGAGGAAAAAGACAAUGUGCGUUUAAAGCAUCAGUAUUCUAGCCACGCGUCGGGAUUCGGUAAGCGGUCAAUUGGUGCACUUUCAGCUCAUUACGACUUGGAAAAUGAGGAAACCACGCCGCUACUCGGCACUAAUGCCCAGCUCUCAACCUUGAAUCAAGAAAACCAGUUUGAAGAUGUCGAUGUUGGAAUAAACUCAGAUGAGGAAGACGAUAGCGGUGACUGCACCCACUACGACGCUUCGCCAGGCUGCCGAGAUACCUCAGCCAUAUAUGACGAUAUAGAUGACGUGUUGGACGAAAACGUAUCCGAUUAUUUGGAGCAUGAUGUCAAUGAGGAUGAGUUCGAAGUAACCAACGACAGCGUCGCACAUGGCAGCUCAGCUCGACACAUUUCAUCGCCGUCAACUAAUAACCACGGCAACAUUUCAAGAAAGCCCUCGACCAAUGAGCCCUUUGUGCCGAUUUUCUUCCGCAACUCACCGGCUCAAGACAUGGAUCUCCUCUCCCAGUUCCAAAGUGUAACCAGAAAACUCAAUCUUCAAAAGCGAAUCUACAAAGGACGGCCCAAAUUGAACCAUAGAUACUACAAUUGGUGUAUCAAUGAGGGCUUCACGCAAUGUUCAGGCCCAGUUGAAGAUGAGAAUCACAAUUUGGUGUGUUGUCAGGAUUUACCGAGAAACAAAGUCGUUGAGGCGGACUUGAAUGCUGAGAAAAUCUGGGUAAUCGGGGCUGGCCCAAAGCAGUUGGUUGAAAAUGUCAAAUUGUGGAGUUCUGAAAAUGGGUUGAAAUUUCAUGAGGAAGCAUUUUAUUCCUAG